CAUUCAAUAUAAAAUAUAGAAAUAAUAUAAGACGUGUUGUGUGUUUUAAUUGAAAUGUAAAAUUACUGAUCGUAAUCGGAUUUCUCGUGAAACGUGUCCUUUUCUUCCUUUUCUUUCUUUCUUUUUCUUCUUCUUUCUCUCUUUUUUUUUUUCUUGUUCUUUUUUGAAAAAGAAAAAAAGAAACUACACGUUUAAUGGCCGCGACAAGUGUGCAUUAUUCAUUUUUCUAUUCCCAUUAAUUAUCAUUACCAUCGAACAAUAUCGAUAAUAAUUAAUUAUCCUUAUAGUGAUUUAGUCGGAGUUCUAACAAAUGGAAUAUUAAUGUUUUAAUGAGAAAAAAAGAAAACUACAUACGUGGGUGGUGAUUGAUAAAAGGAAUGAAAACAGUUAUAGAUAAAAUAGGAAACGAUGCAAGUUGGACAAUUGUUAAUUACCCAGGCCACGUGCGUACCAAAUUUCUAUCUAUUGGAUGAUAACGACAGUUCCGGAAUUCCUCGUAGCGACGGAAGUUCUGCAAGCAAUUCGCCGCAUCAUUACGAACGUUUUUCACCGCCAACACACUUGAUGGAUCUCAGUAAUCCACCGGAGCACCGUGACGUGCCGCCUUAUCAUCAUAAUAAUCAUCAUAAUAAUCAUCAUCAUCAUCAUCAUCAUCAUCCUCCUCAUCUUCAUCACCUUCAUCUUCAGCAUAAUAAUAAUAAUAAUAAUAAUAAUAAUAAUAAUAAUAAUAAUAAUAAUAAUAAUAAUAAUAAUAAUAAUAAUAAUAACAAUAGUCAGACUAUUUAUCAAGCACAAUCGCCACCAUUUUUAGUAUACGAAAAUCCAGAUGAUGGUAAAAGAUAUCAUUCUCAGGACCAUCAGGAGGGUAAAAUUAUAAGAGAUUUACAAAUGAUUUAUGACAGAAGAUUACACACCAAUUCACCGGUAUUUCUGUCCGAUCAUGCUAAAGAAGAUGAACAAAGUCUUUAUAUAAUGGCAUCACCAAAUCCUAUCUAUUCAUCCGGUGGCGAAGAACUUACUACGAUCGCUGUAUCGAAAACGGCACAAUUGCAAAAUACUGAACCCUAUCGAUUGAUAGAUGUUAUUGAAUAUAAAUCUGAUACAUUACAUGAAUAUAAAAAGGAGGAUAUCGAUCAGCAACAACAGCAACAACAACAACAUCAGCAACAACAUCAACAACAACAACAACAACAACAACAACAACAACAACAACAAUCACAACAAUUGGAACAACAGCAUAGUUACAAACAGAUCGAUCAAAAUCCAGCAUCGUCUACGAAAACUUUCGUUGUAGAAAAUAAUCGAGUGAAAAAAAAAAGGAAGACAAAUAUCGAUGAUAAUGAAAAUGAAAGUGCAACCUCUUCCUCAACGAAAAUGAAGGUUCGUAGAAAGAGCGGUGCAACGUAUGAAGAAAUUCAAAAUCAAAGAGUAAUGGCUAAUGUUAGAGAACGGCAAAGAACUCAGAGUUUAAACGAAGCAUUUUCCGCCCUUAGAAAGAUCAUUCCAACAUUGCCAAGCGAUAAAUUGAGUAAAAUUCAAACGUUAAAACUUGCAACGAGGUAUAUUGACUUUUUGUAUCAAGUGUUGCAUUGUAAUAUGGAAAACAACGAAGAGGAAAGUGAAGAGAGAAAUCCAAGAAGCGCGGUUUUAGCUGCAAGAGAAAUAACGUCAUCCUCAUGUAGUUACAUGGCACAUGAAAAACUAUCUUAUGCAUUUAGCGUUUGGCGUAUGGAGGGUGAUUGGAACUCUAAUUUAUAAAUAAAUAUCCAAUCAUAGAUAAACAAUAUACAAUGAUAUGAUGUAUAUUGCUCAUAUAAUCAUAUAUAUACGUACAUAUAUAUAUGAUUAUAAUAGAUGGAUUAAAUGUAUACGUGAAAUGAAGGAUGAUGGAACUAAUGAUGAAUGUGUUAUAAUGCUCGGUGUGUAUCUAUUAUCUAAAUAUCGUACAUAUAGGGUGUUUCAAAUUCUUCUUCUUCUUCUUCUUCUUUUUUUUCUUCUUCUUUUUCUUCUUCUGUUUCUUCUUCUUCUUCUUCUUCUUCUUCUUCUUCUUCUUCUUCUUCUUCUUCUUCUUCUUUUUUCUUUUCUUU